AUGGUGGUGUGUAUGUUGUUAAUAUUUUUCACUGAUAAAUUGCAGCAUUCGAAGCAAUCAUUACGUCGUCAUUUACGAUCAUUUGGUUUUUUGUACACACCUAAUGGACAAGCAAUACAACUCCGCGGUAUAACGGGACCACCGGGGCCACCUGGACCAAAAGGUACACGUGGAUAUCCUGGUUUUCCGGGACCAAUUGGUUUAGAUGGACCAAAAGGCAAUGCGGGUAUGCCAGGACCAAAAGGUGAACGAGGUGAACGUGGUCCAAUGGGACCACCAGGAUAUCCUGGUCCUAAAGGUGAACGUGGUUAUUCUGCUGCUCUUAGCAAAAUACAGGUUGGAAAUGCCGAUUCCGUAACACCAGUGCUUAUCCAGGGUCCACCUGGUCCACCGGGCAAUCCUGGUCCACCUGGUGAUGUUGGAAAACCAGGUCCAUCAGGUCCAAAAGGCGAGAGAGGAUUACCCGGUUUUGACGGUGAAUCACGAGUUGGUGUAAAGGGUGAACCUGGCGUACCUGGUAUUCAGGGUAAGCCUGGACCCGUAGGACCACCUGGACCACCUGGAUCAAAGGGAGAGCCUGGACCGCCAGGACAACGUGGAUCACCAGGCCUUACGCCAAAGUAUGUAGAGAAAAAUUCAGAACCAAUAAUCGGUCCGCCGGGUAAACCAGGAGCACCUGGAAUACGAGGUCCACCAGGUAUACCUGGAUCACCAGGUGCUCCGGGAGCUAAAGGUGAUUCAGGAUUUCCUGGCAAAGAUGGUGUUGAAGGAAAAAUAGGAAGAACCGGCAAUCCAGGUCAACGAGGAAUACCGGGAGAGAAAGGUGAGAGAGGUGAAAAGGGAGAAAUUGGUAUGCAAGGAUUACCUGGUCCUCCUGGUGUUGUUACGGCAACAUCAGCACGGACAACACAAGUUAUUGCUGGACCACCGGGUCCACCGGGACGUGACGGACGAAAGGGUGAAAAAGGCGAAAAGGGCGAUUCGGGUAGCAGAGGCCCAAUAGGUCCACCCGGACAAACAGGUGCCAAAGGUGAUAUUGGUAAACGUGGCAAAAAAGGUAAAGAUGGUUUAAAUGUGAAUGAGGAAAAACUGAUUGAAAAAUUAUUACCAAUGGUGCAACAACAUGCACGAAGAGGUGGUUUACCAGGACCACCGGGUCCAGUUGGACCACAGGGUCCAAAAGGUGAUGAAGGAUCACGUGGUGAACGUGGACCUCAAGGUUUACCGGGUCAUGCUGGUACAAAAGGUGAACGUGGUGAAAUUGGACCACCUGGAUUAAUCGGUCCACCAGGAUUACCAGGAUCAUCGGGUACUGUAAUUGAAGCGACCGCUUCAUCAUCAAUUACGGUUCCAGGACCACCCGGACCUCGAGGAAGUCCCGGUUUACCUGGACCUCCAGGUAUGAAAGGUGAAAAAGGAGAGCAAGGAUUAGUUGGUGUACCUGGAUCACUUGGUUUGCCUGGACCACCAGGACCAAUGGGAAUAAGAGGACCACCAGGAAUGGAAGGUAAACAGGUGAGGAAAAAAAAUUGA